AUGGUGGCUAAAGUGGCUUCUGAUGCAUCCAAUGAUUCGGAGGCUCGAGAUCGUCCAUCGCUAUGUCCUACGCUGUCAUCGAGUGAUCGGCUUCCUCGCCCUGUCUGUGUCUGUGUCUGA